CUCUCCCUCUGAACUCUGCCCUGUAGUGGGGCUAGUGGCUACAAGUGGGGAUGGAAUAUGCCAGGCUGGCAGCAGACAUGGGCCCUGGAUGGAGGGGUGCACUGGUCUCAGGUGGCCAGGAAUGGAUGCCAACCCAGUCAAGGGGGUCCUUCUGCCAUGGCCAGCCUGACCCAGCAUCUUUUGCCCCCUGAGGCCACCAGAUGGGGAGAGAGAGAAAAACAAAUGACUGGAAGAUACAAAGGACUAAGUUGCAGAAUGGGUUACAAGCAGAAGGCAGAAGGGACUCGGAUUCGGAGAAGCCGCCAUUUCACUGAGCUUUCGGACAGCUGUCAGGGUGGGAAACAGGACCCAGGCCUCGGGCAAUGACUGCCAGGCUAGACAUGAGGAAUGCUGUGGGCUCCCCCCACCACACCCCACCCCACCCCCAACUGCCUUCCUCACAAUGGGGCUCAUUGCUGAGGUGGUGGGGAGCACCUAGGGAGGAUGCAGCAGGGGCCCUGCCUGCCAGACAUCCUUAUGGAGCCUGCCCUUUGAAGCAUGAACUGUACCACCUGAGCUCACCCACGUGCUCUCAGCUCUGCCUGCCUGGUGUGGGGUCCUGGAGACCUUCCUGGAGUUCAUCCAGCAGCCAUCAUGCAAGGUGGUGCUGGGAACUGCCCUCUUGCUAGGAGGUGGAGGUCUCAUGCUGUGGGUUCAGAGAAAGAGGAGAAGGAAGCAAAUCUCUAAUGGUGCGGCAGACGAGGACAAGUCACCAGAGUUCCAUAAAGAAAAGAAAAAAAGCUGGAUCAAAUCUCACUUUAGCUGCCUUUCAGAAGAGAAUCUGCCCCCCAGCAACCAUGCCAUCACCAGCGGCAGUGCUCCCCAGACUGAGAGUGGGAGUGGAGAGAACAGCACCACGAUUCGCAUGGAGACCUUCACCACCAGGCGUGGAGAAGUGGGCUCUGCUGUGCACCGGGAAGCCUUCAGCAGCAGGCAGAAGACAUCUGGGUCCUCGGUGAUCAAAGAGAUCCACCAGGAGUCUGGAAAAGCCAUAUCGGCCGAUGAGGCCACGUGGGCCGCUGUGGCUACCUGCGCCAAGGAGAUUGACACCCAGGGGCGCCACCUGGCUCACUCCAUGCUGCAGCAGGCCACAGCUUACCAGCACUCAGGUCACCUGGAGUCCAAGGACAUCAACCAGGAGGAGCUGAGGGCCCUCGAGGAGGUGGAGAUGAAACUGCAAAGGAAUUUCCUCAUCCAGCAGGAAAACACCAUAGCUGGUGCCAACCACACACACACUUUCUAUGGCCACGGUCACCAUGGCCACCUGAGCCACCAGAGCCACAGCCUGCCCAACCGCAGACACUAGAUCUGUGACUCCUUGGAAGCCACCUAACCAUGGAUGGAGAUGCCCCUGCCCCCAGCAAGGCUGGCUCACACACACAGGCCCAUUUUCUCUCCUACGGGGCAAUCUACGUAGCCCAGGGUGAGAUGCUGCGCCCAAAUCCCUGCUUUCUUAGGCUCCCCACACGGAUCACAGGCCCUUUUGACUCCAUGCGUGGGUCUGCCACAGACGAUGGCCCUUGUCGGAGGGAGAGCUGGGAGAACACGGCACAGCUGAGACAGACCCUGAGGCCUCUGAAAACCCACCAAGAGAAGACAGACAGGAGCAGGCUAGAGCCCCACACUGAUGCCAAUGCCUGCAAUGGAGCCAAUAAAGCCUGGUGUGCCCUCA